CUUCGGUUGGUUGUGACGUCAUUCCUGCGACAGCGUAAAGUGCGCCAGUGUUCUCGAAGACGACGUUGUACGCUCGCAAGAAUGGAUCAGCUUUGCAAACUUUUUGUUGGCGGAUUAAAUGUUCAAACUACCAGCGAAGGACUCCGCUCACAUUUCGAGCAAUACGGGCAGCUAAACGACUGCGUUGUCGUUCAAAACGACCAGCUUCAGCGCUCACGCUGUUUUGGCUUUGUAACCUACUCCAGCGUUGAAGAGGCUGAUGCUGCCAUGGCAGCUAGGCCACACAUUGUCGACGGUAAAAACGUGGACUUGAAAAGAGCGGUGGCUCGUGAAGAUGCGGGCAGACCUGAAGCUCUUGCCAAAGUAAAGAAAAUAUUUGUCGGGGGCCUGAAGGAAGACAUCGAAGAAAAGGACCUAAAUGAAUACUUUGGUCAGUUUGGUGUAAUCGAGAAAGCGGAAGUCAUCACGGAUAAAGAUACCGGCAAGAAGCGUGGCUUUGGUUUUGUACACUUUGAAGACAACGACUCUGCGGAUAAAGCAGUUGUGCUCAAGUUUCAUACGAUAAACGGGCACAAAGUAGAAGUGAAAAAGGCGCUCACUAAACAAGAAAUACAGGCUGCUGGUGGAGCCCGGGGCAGCAGGGGAAGAAGAGGCGGCGGCGGAAUGGGAAGAAAUCAAAAUGGCUUCGGUGGAGGACGAGGUGGUUACAACAGCUACGCUGGUGGCUACGAUGGCGGUUAUGGCGGCGUGUAUGGCGGUAACUACGGAGGAGGUUAUGAAAGUGCAUACAGCGACCAGAUGGGAGAAUAUGGUGGUGGUGGUAAUGGCUACGGUGACUUCGGUAGUGGAUACAGUCAACAGUCGUCUGGUUACGGGCCUAUUAAAGGCGGAAACACUUACCGGAGCGUUGCCCCUUAUGCUCGCGGUGGUGCCUCUGGCUAUGGUAGAGGUGGAUACGGAGGCCCUUGUUAGAACCAACCGCUCGGUGAAAGUCGUCAGGCUGUCCACACAUUUCGUCAAAGCCUUACGGGACACAACGCGCUAUUUGGUCGCUACUAAAUACUACAACAAUGGCGGACAUUACCCCCACUUAUCGGGUAGGCACAUGGCUUCCAUGCGAGCCUGACUUGUCCGCUCAGAUUUUGUUGGAGGACUCGUUUCUGUUCUAUUGGAAUCAGCGCAACUAGGCGCACAUACAUGAGCUACAUCAUACCGUUUUAGUAGUUUAGCUUUCUGAUCUGCUUCCUGCUUUUUUCCCCCCCAUUAUUUGUUAAUCAUAUUUCGUUGUUUUCCAUCCUACAUGGUGUUUUCCAAUAGGAAAUUUGUUCAAGUUUUUUCCUCCCCUGCCUGAAACGCCAACAUCGACCAUGUAGCGCGCCUUUAUAUUCAGAGUGUGUCUCUCUUUUUGCGGUCAACCUGUAAGACCACCAUAACUUCAUUCAAAUGAACAUGGAUUUCUUUAAUACAGCUUCACUUUGUAGAAUAACGUCUUUUUAUUUACAAUGUGGACGUGUAGUUUAGUUAAAUGCUCUGUAUGGAUAUAGUCUAACGUGUUUUAUCCCUUUGUCAUGUAAAAUCUUGUUAAACACUGAAGCAAAUGUAUGGGAGUAUUUUUGUUUUUUUGUUUUUUAAUAAAAAAAAAAAGACCGCUAAA